UUCGCGUUGCAUUGGACAAGUGAAAAUUUUUUCUUCCCUUUAGUGCGUUUUCAAACUUUUUCCUGUAUUAUUUAUGUUUUAAUGUAUUUGAAAACAAUCGUGGAAAUGAUUUUUACAUAUUAAUAAUAAAAUAUAUGUUAAAACUGAGUGAAUAUUUGCCAAAAAUACAAUGCAAUUGCUUAAAUAAACAUAAUGAAGCAUCAGUGCUGCUUCCCGUUGUCGAGAGGACGAAAAAAUCCAUGUGUACAAUAAGAGGCGUGAGGCAGCUAAGAAAAUGCGCAACUUAUAAGUGAAAUGUUUUCUGCCCAAAAAUAGAAAAAAUAAGAAUUUCAAUGAAUGUGCAAGAACUGCAAUAAACAAAAAAGUUACAUUAAACUGCCUUUGUGUUUAUAGGGAAUACAUCUGACUUAACUAUAUUAUAUAAUACUUACGGCAGCAACGGUAGGGCUUAAAAUUGAACAUCAGCAAAAUUGAUAAAUAAAAAUAACUAUUGUGCUACCUGACGUCAAAUAUAUAGCAAAAAAUUAAUUCAGAAAAUAAAUGGGUGGCAAUAGUACAACAAACACAUUUACCGCUGGUGGUUACAUUGGUCCCGCUAGCGGAAGUAGCGCUGCAGGUAGCAGUGGUGGUGCAGUAGGCGGAGAUCUUAUACCAAACUUGAGUGCGGCUAGUGGCACUUCAUAUGCUUACGGCACUAGCUGGGAAGAAUUUUGCGAACGACAUUCGCGUGUGGCUGCUGCAGAUUUUGCCAAAGCUUGCAUCAGUUAUAUUAAUGGGAAUUUGCCACCUGAGGAGGCCCGGAAUAUUUCAUAUCGUAGUUUUGGACAAAAAUUCGCGGAGGCGUUUGUGGAUCAUUUCGACACCGAAUUCUGCCUGAGACGCAACAAUCUUAAGACUGGAAAUUGUAACUCACUGGAAGAAAGUGGUAGUGCAGCUGAUGAUUCGUCUAAAAUAUUUCACAAAGCAUUUUUUCGACGACUUUCAUUCAAGGGGCUUCGCAAGGGCAAGAAUUUCCUGUUCUUACAGACGCUGUUUCAUAAAAAUUCCGAAGAUUUAGAUGGCAGCAAGCAUAGUAAGACGAAGAUCUCGAAAAUUAUUGUGGAAUGUCGUAAGGAGGGUUACGUGAAUAAGUUAAUACCCGAAAGUCUGGAUCAGCCGACACAAGAGUGGGAAAAGUGUCGUUUGGCUUUAGUAAAAGCCGUAGGCGGCUACAUGUUGGAGUUCUAUACACCGCCAAAAGCUACAAAGCCACGAAGCGGCGUAUUUUGUUUUUUAAUAUCGGAAGCACGAGAAACUAGAGCACUUGAGUUGAACGAGCGUGCAAACACAUUUGUACUAAAGGCCGAUAAUAAUAUGGAAUACGUUAUCGAGGCUGAGAGUCCUGAAGAAAUGCGCAGCUGGUUGGCUACUAUACGUUAUUGCAUGCGCACGCCUCCGACACAGCAAUUGCCCUUAGAAUCGGCAGAUGCAUUAGUUACUGGCGGUGGUGGUGUUGGCGGCAUAAUGGGUGGAAUUUCUGCAACCACAUCAAUGGCUAUGAGUCCAAGUGGCAAUUUGACUUCGUCAGAUGGCCUUGCACCUCGUGGUGGUGAUAUAAUCAAUGCCGUGCCUAACCCGCAAUAUCAUCAAACAAGCGGUCUUGGCUCAAACGGCAACGUCGGUCCGAGCAGUUCACUAUCAGACAAUGCACUUGCCUCUGCGAAUACGGCCGCAGGCACCGAUUCGAAUGUUUUGGAAGGUAUACCCGAUAUACCGCCGCGACGGGGCGAACAGCGUCUUUCUGCAUCGAGUAAUUUUGAAGCGGAAAUUGAGGCUGAAUCAGCUAUAAAUAUAGCAGACUUAACAGCCGAAAUGCAACAGUAUCCAUGGUUUCAUGGUACAUUGCCACGUUCGGAAGCGGCGCGUAUGGUAUUGCAUUCUGAAGUGGCGGGUCAUGGCAUAUUUUUGGUGCGCCAAAGUGAAACGCGUAUGGGCGAAUUUGUGCUGACAUUUAAUUUUCAAGGACGCGCCAAACACUUACGCAUGACUUUGUCGGAGAAGGGCCAAUGUCGUGUGCAACAUUUAUGGUUCCCAUCCAUACAGGAGAUGCUUGAACACUUCCAGCAUAAUCCAAUACCAUUGGAAUCGGGUGGCACCUCUGAUGUGACUCUAGACAAGUGGGUGCACAAUCACGGCAUACCAUGUACCGGAACAAAUAACGCUAUCAGCGCAGAAACAAACGGUGGGCAUCAUCCUCAUCAUCAACAACAACAACAGCAACAACAUCCAUCGCCGAGACAUCCGCAGCAAGUAAUCACAAUGAACUUGAGUGUACGUCUAAAAACGUGCGAAAUUGAGUUACCGUUCCUACAACAACUAUCACAUCAUCAGCCACAGACACAUCAACAUCAUUAUCAACAGCAGCAGCUGCAACAACCACAACCACAACAAAGCACCCAACAACUGCGUGCGUCAACAAUUUCACUACAAUCACAGAACCUACACUACAGCGGUACCGGCGUUGCAAGCCUUAGCGACCUCAACGCUAACGAAAUGGGCGCACGCGCCGUUGACAACCAAUACAGUUUUGUGUAACUCAAUUGCGCUACGAAUUAGGUUUUACUGGGCCAAGCCGAGAACUACUGAAAACUAGAUUUACAUAUAAGUACAUACAUAUGUAUAUACGCAUACAUAAGUGGCUGUAAGCUUAAAGCAGCUAAUACAUAAUUGUUCUUAAAUAUACAUAUACAUAGGUACACACAUAAGCAUACUUACAUACAUAUAUGUUUGCCAUUGCUUUUCGCACAAGUGUUUCUUGAUUUGGCAUUUUGUGUCAUGCUUUUCUUUUCAAUAAUAAUGAUAUUUUAUUUGUAAUGUUACGAUGUGUUCAAUAUCUUAGUGAAAAAUGCAUGUAUAAUAAUUUACUAUUUGUACAAACAUACAAAUAUAUGUGAACACAUUUUUUCUUUAUUAUGCAUGUGAGCCUUAAAGUAUAGAAAUGUUUUUCUAUACUUUAAGACAGAAAAGUAAAUUAUAUUGUAAGCUAUUUAGUUAAAAUAAGUAUGACUGUGCGAUUAAUGGAUUAAAAAACAAAUUACUUUGAAAAGUUCACACAAUAUUAAAACAAAUGUUUGUAGUUUUUUAUAAUUUCCUUUCAGACAUAGAUUAAGAUUAUAUAAAGAUGCUGAUUUUGCGAAGUAACGUUACUUUUAUUUGUUAAAAGAAGUAAUAAACUGGCUUAAAGCGGCAUUACCUAAAUUGCGUAAAAAAACUAAAAAGAUAUAUAACUGUAAUUAUACAAAAACGCAAAAUUAUUGGUAUGUCCAAUAAACAAACUUCAAACAUUA